CGGGCCGAAGCGGGCUAUGGUCGUCGCUCGCUGCUGCUGCUGGAGCUGCUGGUGCUGGCUCGUCGAGGAGAGGGAAGAAAGGAGGAGAGGCGAGGAGGAGUAAAGAGCGCGGGAGAGCGCCUGUGUUGCCGAUCUCGCUUCGUCAAGAUGUUUGAAACCCUAAGUGUGGGUGGAGAGAGCGAGCGUCGUCGUCCCGAGAGCGAGGCCCCGGGCGGUUUCGGGAGGUGUCCGGCUUGCGUACUUUCGAAAACGUGCUCGAGGUCCGGUGGAGUAUGCGAGCAUGUUUCCUCGGCGAUUGCGAUGGUCGAUGCGCAGUGAUUUCUCCUCGCCGAACUCGAGUUCGCCAGUUGCGGUUCUGAGGGUGGGCAUCGCAGGGACGUGAAUGUGUUCGGCCUCCAUCCGCACCUCGAGGAUUUUCCUCUUGUGCCUUUCUGUCGGUGGAAUUCCAGUAGCGUUCUAGUGUGUUGGUAUUCGCGUCUGAGAGAGUCGUCGUUUUCUUCAAUCUAUCGUCGUUUCACACGCUUCACCAGAGUGGCCUCGACGUGGAAGCAUUCGAUUCUCGUCUGGAGCCUACAGGACGUUAGUGAGGAGACGCACGACUCUAGGUCUUUCUGGCCUUUGUGGGGCUCGUCGCUGGUCUCAUAGGAUGUGUCGCUGCAGGCGCCAACUCGGGACACCUUAGAGGCACCAUGUGCACGGAGGCCUGAAGCACAUCCACUCCUUCGGGUGGUCAUGUUAGAAAGGGUGCUAACGGCGUGCGUUUAAUGGGUUUAAGGCUCCCAGAAGGGAUGGAGACUUUGGGGGGUCAAAAGAAUGGAGGGGCGGACGAAGAGGGUGCCCCAGAGUCAUGGGAGAUGGCUGAUUUGGAGGAAAGCAUGAAAAACUUGAUGGCUUCUUCCAAAUGUUCGUCGGGGUCUAACGGUGACGAGAUUGAUGCUUUGGAAAAUAUCGAAGGCGACGUGAGUGCGUCAUCUGAGAGUGCGUCCGGAGCUGCCAAGACCGUUGAUCAAGUCGAUGGCUUCUUGCGAGAAGCUUUGCAAAACCCUCGCGACCGCCUGACAAUUUUGCGGUUGGAGCAAGAGGUGGAGAGAUUCAUGCGCAACCCCAAACAGCAGCAACUCGAAUUCCAGCCCAUGCCGUCCUCCUACUUGAGGCUUGCAGCCCACCGUGUUGCGCAACACUACUUUUUGCAGUCCUUGGUGGUCGACAGCGGUUCCACCGAAGGAAGUCGAAUUGUCGCUCGUAAGAAUGCUGAGAGUCGGUAUCCAACCAUUCGAUUGGCGGACAUUCCUGUAGAAUCUCCAGAAGAAGAGAAACCGUUGUUAGUAACAAUGCCUAAGGUGGCCAUCAAGCGAAGACCUUCGAAAGGUGGUCGAGCUAGCGGGGAAGAUGGUGCAAAUGGAUUCGGAAACAGGCUUAACCCUUCAAAGAGCGUGGAAGAACGGAAGGAGGAGUACAACAAAGCGAGGGCAAGAAUAUUCAGUAACGAGUUGGCCGGAAAAUGUGGUGAUGUUGAUGGUUUGGAUGAUGUACGUCUUGCCGAAUGUUUUAGCAGCGUCGAUGAGGUCUUGAAGGUCGAGGAGAAGUACAAAGCGGAGGAGUCACAUGACCGGGAUAGCCCUGUGAGGAUGAUUAAUGAUUACUCUAUAAGUGACUCGAGAAGCAGCGUCAAUCUUGACAAGGAGAGCUUCAACAGGAACAAGCUGAUGAACGGUAGUAACAGCCGCGUAGCCAUCUUUCGAGACCGGGAGAAGGAUCGCAAGGAUCCCGACUACGACCGAAGCUAUGACAGAUAUUCUCAGCGGUUCGAUCCAGGUUUCGGCAUGACUCUGGGUCCUUUCGGAAUGCAAGCGAUCUACACACCCGUGGUGAAUUAUAAUACCGAAUUUCCUCAGUUGGCCGGUCCUCGUCCUCAGCUUCACAUGGAGCCUCCACCUCCUCCUCCCAUUCCUCAACAGCGAAUGCGGCCACCAUGGGGCACUCCUGUGCCAGGGAACAUGAGCUUCCGGCCCCCUGAUCCUCUUCUGGGCCCCUUCACUCAAGGUCAUAUUGGCCCCCAUUCUGGGAUGUCAAUGUACAUGCAUGCACCGCAGUAUGCUUAUCCGGGCCACUCCCUGGCAUUUAUGCAUCCUCAUGACCGCUUCCAGCAAUCACUUACCCAGCCUCAUCCACAGCAGCAGCCUGAUACAUCUUUCAACCACGCCCGGCGCCGUUGAGGACGCGGCCCGGCCUGCCCCUGCCAGCACAGUGCGCACGAAGUCGACAUGAGGAAUAGGGUACUAGAUGUUUAUGAUACGCGCCAAAUGAAGCUCACAAAUUCUCUUAUAUCUUUGUGCUGGCAGGGAGUUUUGCAGGCAGACACUGAGGAGUGUAGGCAUUAUGAUACGAACUGACUGCUCCACUAUCCAAAGUUAUGUGAACAUCGAUGUAGGGUUCUUCCUCUCGAGGCCUUCACAUUUUACCGCCUGGGACGUAGCAGAGCUUGAGUAACAAGAAGCAAUUUGUGUGCUCAAUCUGCUUGUCCGCGGAGUGGUUUGGCAGUUCGUUCAGCUUCCUCAGUGAGGUUUUUUUUUGGUAGAAAAGUUGCAGAUCUCUAUCGCAGAGUAGCAGUAGGACUGCAUGUUCAGGGAAUGGUACGGUUGUAAGGUGGAUGAGUCAUCCACAGAUCCUCCUGGAUCCAGUGGUGUAAAUGCAGCUAGCCUUGAAUUGGCGCACGUUGCUUCUGCUCUUUAACAUACGGGGUAAAUCGACAUUCUUAUUGAUGUGCUAGGCGGAUUCCUCGGACGAAAGUGCCAGCGGUCGUGGCCAAGUUUGCGAAUCACGUCAAGUGCGUCCCACGGAUGACUCCUUCCCUGUAAAGUUAUAGAUGCUGACCGGUGUACGCGUCGUGCCGCGCAAGAAAGAGUCACAGAAGAUUUUCUGCUCUCGAAGUCGGUCAUAUGUUUGUAGAACCUCCAGCUCGGCGCUCCUGUCUUUAAUGACGGCGAAUUGAGUGCGAGGACGAGGUCCGUUGAAGAGUGGUCAAGAAGUAGUCAUUGCCAACAGACGUUAAGAAAUCUAGUCUUUUUUUCAGCAUAGGUUUCAUUUCUCAAUCAGAUAGUAGAUUGUGGGUCUGAUGAGGAACUAUCAGCAAGUAAGAUAGCCGAAGCCUCUGGUCACGCAGAUCACAGAUCACUCGUUUUUGUAAAGCCACGGGAUAAGAUCUAUGUAACAUGCCUAUACCAGUGUAGUCCAGCGUAAUCAUUGUGAGGGUUGGAGUGUUAGUCCUCCUUCGCGAAGUUUGAGUCAUUAAGGUGUAUUUGUAGGUCUCCAGGCAGCAAUUCGCUCUGGCAGGUGAUCCAACCACAUAAUAUAUUCUGCAGGUCUUUUGGAUCGG